CCCAUUGGUGACCUAGUCCAGCUGCAAUUCACACCCUUCUGACGUUUAUGAUUGCCUGAGGUCAGGGCCAGCCAAUGAGGGCACGGCCACAGCCUGCUUCCCUGAGGUCCAGGAGGCCCUGGACAGUGUCAUGGGUGCAGGUCGGAGGCUGAGGAUAUCCAGGAAGCAGCUGCUCUAGGCAGAGCUACCGGAAGGGUUUCCAGCGACGCCAAGCGCGUGCACGCUCGAUUCUCACAGAAUCCUCCAUGGCUUCUUAUCACAUCCGCAAAUUCCAGGAGCGGGACGGCCAGGGGGUCCGGGAGCUGUUCUCCAAGGCAAUGGGUGACAACAUCUCUCCCACCUUCUACCACUGUCUGAAGCUGCCCCGGAAUCUGCUGUUCCUGACGGGGGUGCUCCUUAUCACACUCCUCGUCACAGGCUCCCGGCUGCUGACACUCCUGGCUGGCCUCGCCUUCCUCGCUGCCCUCCGUUUCCUCGCCCAGCACGUGUGGAGCCAGUACAUCACCUUCACCUUGAACACCACCCUGUCUGACAUCAGCAAGCACUACAUGAGCGGGCGGGGCUCCUGUUUCUGGGUGGCCGAGUCCCAGGGCCGGGUGGUGGGCACGGUGGGGGCUCUGCCCGUGAGGGGGCCCGCCCUGAGCAGGGAGCACCUAGAGCUCUUCCGCCUGUGCGUGGACUCAGCGCACCGAGGCCAGGGCAUAGCCAAAGCCCUGGUGAGGACUGUGUUCCAGUUCGGGCAGGACCACGGCUACAAGGCGGUUGUUCUCAGCACCAGCUCAGUGCAGUACGCGGCCCUGGGCCUCUACCAGCGCCUGGGGUUCCGCCGGAUCCAUGAGUUCCCCCACGCCACGUUCUGGACAUUGAUCCAGCUGACUGUCAUUAAGUUUAUUUACCACCUCCCCUCCACGCAGGGCUCCAAGGGGCCGAGGCUGGAAGACCCGUGAUGGGGUCACUGUGGAUUAGUCUGGAGAGAACCGGCUCCCCUGAAGUCCUAAGCAAACGUGCACUGCCAGCAUCAGAGUUCCUCCUUCCGGUCAGUGCCUGGCUGGGGACAGAGGGGGGGGUCCUGCUACAUUCAGUGCUUAGGGGCUGUCUCCUAUGCUAAUGCCACCAGAUGUUGUAAACGUAACACAUCAGCCUAACUUCGAAUCUCUAAUAAACAUUGGAUUAGCUCCUGA